GCCUGGCGCAUGCGCAGUGUCUACGAGCGCGUUUGACGGACGGAGCAUGCGUCCCGCAUCCGAAGUUGAUAAAUUGGAAUUGAACAUGCGUAAUUGACCUUUGGAAUUAAAAAAAAAAAAAAUUCUUCAAGUAAAAGAACAGCGCCGCGUUUGUCCUCGGUGGCUUUAGUGUUGAAAGUGAGCAUGCGCGUAGUAAGAAGGCUGGUUCUCUGAAUUUGAACCCGACCAGAACCGCGGGGCCGAGAGUUGUAGGUUGUUCAUAUUCUGAAGGAACAGGCCUAAUGUGUGGCUCAGCAUGUCAAUAGUAACAGUGCAGCUUGGCCAGUGUGGCAACCAGAUUGGCUUUGAAGUAUUUGAUGUUUUAUUUAAUGAUUCCCAGUGUUCCCAGGGAUUCUGCUCUAAAAGAGAGAAUGAGGCAUAUCAGACAUCUUGCAAAGAAAGGUUCUUCAGAGAAGAAAAUGGAGUUCCAAUUGCUCGGGCCGUGCUUGUUGACAUGGAACCUAAAGUUAUCAAUCAAGUGCUGUCAAAGGCUGCCCAGCCCGGGCGGUGGAAGUACAGUCCGCAUGCGUGCUUCUGUCAGAAACAGGGUUCUGGAAACAAUUGGGCCUACGGUUACUCUGUUCAUGGACCCAAGCAUGAAGAGUCUAUCAUGAACCUAAUCCAGAAGGAAGUGGAGAAGUGUGACUCGCUGAGUGGUUUUUUCAUCAUCAUGAGUAUAGCUGGGGGCACAGGAUCAGGGCUGGGAGCCUUCCUUACACAGCGUCUGCAAGAUCACUACUCCAACGCUUUGAAAAUGAAUCAGAUUAUAUGGCCUUAUGGAACCGGUGAGGUUAUUGUUCAGAACUACAACUCCAUCUUGACGCUUUCUCACUUGUACCGAUCUUCAGAUGCCCUCCUCGUGCAGGAGAAUGACGCUGUCCAUAAGAUCUGUGCAAGACUGAUGAAAAUCAAGCAGAUCUCCUUUCGGGAUAUAAAUCAAGUCCUUGCGCAUCAGCUGGGAAGUGUGUUCCAGCCUACGUACUCUGCAGAAGGCGCAUUUCACUAUAGAACAAAUCCACUAGGAGACUUAAUGGAGCAUUUAGUUCCCCAUCCCGAGUUCAAGAUGCUGGGCGUUCGAAACAUUCCUCAGAUGUCUGAGAAUUCCCUGGCAUAUAGCACGUUUACCUGGGCUGGCCUCCUGAAGCAUUUGAGACAGAUGCUCAUUUCUGAUGCAAAAAUGGAUGAAGGUAUAGAUUGGCAAGUGCGGCCUCCUUUACCAAGACUUCCACCUCUUGGCAAAACGUCUCUCAACAGGGAACAGCGUUUUAACACUUCUCUUGCUAACUUGGUCAUCCUUCGUGGGAAAGAUGUGCAGAGUGCAAAUCUGGGGGGAUUCGAGGACCCAGCCCUGUACACCUCUUGGCUGGGCCCUGCCAAUGCCUUCUCCGUCUGGAAAACACCACGAGCCUUCAACAGAUACGAGAGGUCCGCAGCCUUGGUCAGCAACAGCCAGGCCUUCGUGAAGCCGCUUGAUGCGGUUGUGGGCAAAGCGUGGAAUAUGUUCGCUUCAAAAGCUUAUAUUCAUCAGUACACAAAAUUUGGAGUUGAAGAAGAGGACUUUUUGGACAGUUUCACAUUGCUAGAACAAGUUGUUGCCAGUUACUGUAACCUCUGAUUUUGAAUAAAGGGGGAAAAGUACCUUAAGGCAU